GUGAAAGCAGCUCUGUGGGCCCUCCAAGGAGGCACCUCUGUCGUGAUUGCAAAUGGAACCCACCCAAAGAUCUCGGGUCAUGUCAUCACAGAUAUUGUGGAAGGGAAAAAAGUUGGAACUUUUUUUUCAGAGGUAAAACCUGCCGGUCCUACGGUGGAGCAGCAGGGUGAAAUGGCUCGAGCUGGUGGCAGGACCCUGGCAGCUCUACAGCCUGAGCAGAGAGCAGAAAUUAUUUAUCGUCUCGCUGACUUACUAACUGACCAGAGAGAAGAAAUUCUCUUGGCAAACAAAAAGGACUUAGAAGAGGCUGAAAAUAAAGGGAAGUUGGCACUUCCUUUGUUGAAACGUCUAAGUCUGUCUACAUCAAAGCUGAACAGCUUGGCUAUUGGUCUGCGUCAGAUUGCAGCAUCCUCACAGGACAGUGUUGGCCGUGUAAUUCGGCGAACACGAAUAGCAAAAGACCUGGAUUUGGAGCAGGUGACAGUGCCUAUUGGUGUCCUUCUUGUGAUCUUUGAGUCCCGUCCUGACUGUCUUCCACAGGUGUCUGCUUUGGCCAUAGCCAGUGGAAAUGGCUUGCUACUUAAAGGAGGGGAAGAGGCAGCACAUAGCAAUCAGAUCCUUCAUCCUCUGACACAAGAAGCACUCUCCAUUCACGGAGUCAAAGAUGCAGUGCAACUAGUGAACACGAGAGAGGAGGUAGAAGAUCUCUGCCGUUUGGAUAAGCUGAUAGAUCUAAUCAUUCCACGUGGUUCGUCACAGCUGGUCAGAAAUAUCCAGAAAGCUGCUAAGGGAAUCCCAGUGAUGGGACACAGUGAAGGGAUCUGUCAUGUGUAUGUGGACACAGAUGCCAGCGUUGAGAAGGUCACACGAAUAAUCAGAGACUCAAAGUGUGAAUAUCCUGCUGCCUGUAAUGCUCUGGAAACUCUCUUAAUUCAUCGAGACUUGCUGAGAACCCCGUUGUUUGAUCAGAUCAUAGACAUGUUGAGAGUAGAACAGGUGAAGAUUCACGCUGGCCCAAAGUUUGCAUCUUACUUGACAUUCAGCCCUUCGGAAGUGAAGUCUCUCCGCACAGAAUAUGGGGACCUGGAGUGCUGCAUUGAGGUGGUGGACAGCGUCCAAGAGGCUGUUGAACAUAUCCACAAGUACGGCAGUUCCCACACAGAUGUUAUCAUCACAGAGAAUGAGAAAACAGCAGAGUUCUUCCUCCAGCAUGUAGACAGCGCUUGUGUUUUCUGGAAUGCCAGUACCCGAUUCUCUGACGGCUAUAGAUUUGGACUUGGUGCUGAAGUGGGAAUUAGUACUUCUCGUAUCCAUGCACGUGGACCAGUGGGAAUUGAAGGACUCUUAACUACGAAGUGGUUGCUGAGGGGGGACAAUCAUGUUGUUUCUGACUUCUCAGAGCAUGGGAGUAUGAAGUAUCUUCAUGAGAGCCUCCCUCUCCCUCAGAGAAAUACCAACUAAGAGCGUCAGGGUGGUGGGGAAAACCCAGGAGCAGAAAUAUUUCCUGAAGAUGUUCAGCUUAAGGGUGCUCUCUGGGAAGGGAGUUUGUUUCUCAUCUUCAGGAACAUUAUUCUUGGUCGCUGUGCAGUACAGUGAAUACAAAAUCAUCCUAUCUCUGA